GGAAAGCUCUGGUCUAAUUCGUGCGAAAAUGGGCUUUUUCGGGAAAAAAGCCGCGCCCCCGCCGCUACGGAACCCCACGGACACAGUACUACCGAUCCCGGCAUGGGAUGACCAACAUCGCAUGCGCGCAUGUUGCCUGCAUGUUACUUACCGAUUCGACGAUGUCCUUGACCCAGAGGUCGUACGCCAAUCGUUGGAGCGUCUCUUGGAGUUGGAUGGCUGGCGGACACUAGGAGCGCGACUUCGCAAGAAGGAUGAUGGCAAAUUGGAAUACCACAUACCAGCGCAAUAUGAUACAAAACGGCCUGGCUUUAACUACACGGUUGUUAAGCACCCUAUGGGCAUCAACAAGCAUCCUUUAGCUGCUAGUUUUCCCCAAGCAACUGGCCAGCCAUCACUGCUUGGCGACCCCGCAGAUCUCGCAUCUGUAUGUCUGUCCGCGGAUUGCCCCACGAGGAUCGAGGACUGGCUCUAUUCAGAUCGACCGCAACUCGCCAUUGAUGUGGUCUCGUUCGACGAUGCGACCUUGCUGACCGUAACUUUCAUGCACACUCUGAUGGACGCUAUGGGUCUUUCAAGUUUUCUCCAGGCGUUGACUGCUGUCAUGAAUGGACGAGAAGACCAGAUCCCGACCUUUCAGCAGGUCAGCGAAGAUCCGGCGACGCGCUUCAUCGGCAGAACCCCGGCCAACACCUACGUGAACAGCUCCUUUCUGCUAACCGGGGUCCGCCUCUUAGGUUUCAUUGCCAGCUACCUCUUCGAGCUGAUCUGGCACCGCGGCCAGAAUGAACGUGUAAUCUGCAUCCCAGGACGAUAUCUCGACGAGAUGCGGGAACAGGCAUUGCACGAGCUAGCCGAGCAAAACAAGGAAGGGCCUGCUCCCUUCCUUAGUGAAAGUGACGUACUUUUAGCAUGGUGGCUCAAGGCCUUGAUUAAGGCCCUGAAUCCCUCGCCCCGCCGUUUGGUGACCCUCUUGAACGUGUUCGACAUCCGGUCGACCGCCCUCCAGGAAUCAUCAUCCACAAACACAGCCUUUAUCACUAACGCUGCCCUUCCAUCUAUCACAUUUCUUCGCACCCAGCAGAUUCUUCGCGAACCAGUCAGCUUCAUGGCCUCGCACAUCCGCCGCUCGCUCGUCCAACAACGCACUCUGCCCCAGAUCGAAGCGUUCUUUGCGUUUCACAAAUCCACUUCUGAGAAACAUCCGCCGGUGUUCGGUGAACCGACCUCCCUUCUCGUCUGCUGUAGUAACUGGCACCGAGGUCGGUUCUUUGAAGUGGAUUUCUCGUCUGCGGUUCUUGCCCCGGGCAUUCCGCUCCAUGACCGUGUGCAUCCGCUGGGCAGGCCAUCGUGCGUGAUUCCUACCCAUCAUUCGGGUGGCCUUGCUUUGCGAAACGUGGGGCCAAUCAUUGGCAAGGAUGCAAGUGGGAACUGGUGGCUAUCUUGCACCUUGAGGACGAGUGCCUGGACUGGCAUCGAACAGGAACUGAAUGCGCUAGGCGCAAGAAAGACCCAGUGAUCGUGGAUUGGCGGAGAUCCUUUCACGCAUCCGAGCUGAGAAGUAGCUCGGCUGUGCGCAUGCUAUGUGAUCUAUGCGUAAUGCAUAGAUGGACUGAGGACCAAGUCGCGUUCUCUAACUCGGUAUUAGCCGCGUAUGCUCCUCAUACUUAUUUGCCAUGCUCUCGCCCAGGAUCGCCAUGCAUGCGCUCGCCUCAAAUUACGUCUGGAGUACCGCCACACUGUACAGAAAUCCUCAGUUUAUGAUAUGCGAAUUGGCUCUUGGGAUGCUAGCAGUGGCUGGACCUGCUCUUCCAGCAUCAGCUGCUGCUCCUUGUUCACCUGAUAUGAUGCCUCCCUCCUUUGGCUGAUUGAAUCCGGGCGGAGGACUAGUUGUAAGAAUACUCAGCUUCAUAGUUUUUUUUAUAUACAUACGACUACGGACUUAUUAUUAAUUCG